AUGAUCAGAUCUACUACCACGAGAGUGGUCGAAGAUCUCGCGGGCAAUCUCGCUGUGCUCCCCGAGGUCCCAAUCUCGACAACCGCUAAAGUCAGUAUCGAAGAUCUGCAGGUAGGAGAUGCCGGAUCAGCCACCCCCGAAGAGAUCGAGAAACUCCGGCAGAUCAUCUGGAAGAAGCAACACCUCUUGAUCGGUAAGGGGAACGCCCUACCACCGGUUGCCAGGGACGUCGUAUGUGAUAUUGAUGUCGGGGACGCGAAACCGAUCGCAUUGCGAUCGCAUAAAGUACCCACACGGUUUCGAGAAAAAGUUGCAGGUCUGAUCAAGGGCCGAGAUCAUCCGACAUUCGACAUCGCCAUGGGCCUCACCAAUAGUGAUUGUCCGCAAGAAGAACGGCGUAGAUAUCAGGUUGUGCAUCGACUACAAGCUGAUAAAUGGGAUCACGAGGCUGAUGGUCUACCCUAUGCCUUUGAUCAAGGGCCUCGACAAAGCGUUGUGGUAUUGCUCACUGGAUAUGACCAGCGGCUUCUGGGUCGUGCCUACGACGGACCGAGCCGCGAGAUCUCAGCAUUUAUCACUCCGUUCGGCCUAUUCAAGUGGAAUCGCAUGCCCUUUGUACUCAAAAAUGCUCCCCAGAUCUAUCAACGCCUCGUGGACAACACGCUGUAUGGGUUUAUGAAAAUCCCGCGGUCAGGUGGCUCAGGAAACGCAAUGGACGUGUUCCAGACAGGGACCGCAGACGAUCCUGAUCGCCACUCGGUGUUGGGACGUAGAUCAAACAUUGACGACAUCAUGGUCGCUGCGGAAUCGUGGUAUCAAAUGUGCCAAAGGGUGGAAGACCUGAUGGAAGCAUAUGCUAAAAUAUCUGGGACACCGGGUGUCGAUCGAAAGUCUAGAGGCGAAUCCAAAUGCUCUGAAAUCUCUGACAGAUCUGCCAUUCCCCGGAUCGCUUCGAUCCAUGCAGUCGUUCCUGGGACUGAACUUUACAGCCGAUUUAUCGAGGACAACGCUAUAUACGUCUCAGUUCUAUAUGAGCUACGCGAGGUGGAAUUUGCAGAACUGGAGAAACGAUCGGAUCUGAGGAAGAUCAUGGAUCAGAAUAACCCUAUCGCGCGGGAUAAUGACCCACCGGAACCCCAUACUGGGAAAUCAUUAGAUGAGAGCUCAUAA